UAAAGAAACACUUAGUCAUAGAGGAAAUGAACUCUCCACCCCACUCCCCGGAGGGAGGAGGGAAUUACACCAGAUUCAGGAAGAAGCCCCAGAGAGGCAAGAGGAAACUAGCUAACGGACUUGAAAAACAAGUUGGGGCAGAGUAAGACCAACGGGACCUGGGGAAAUUCUGAAGAAACCAGCCCUAUCUUGGAGGAAAAAAAGACAAACUUGUCUCAAAUCUAAAAAAUAAACCAUGAAGGCCAGGGAAAAGGACCCGGCAGAUGACAUAGAAAAUGAUUUGGAGAAAAAGAAACUGGACUGGUCCUGCUCGCUCCUCCUGGCCUCCUUCGUGGGCGCCUUUGGCUCCUCCUUUCUUUAUGGGUACAACCUGUCGGUGGUGAAUGCCCCCACGCAGUACAUCAAGGCCUUUUACAAUGAAUCCUGGGAAAGAAGCCGUGGCCAUCCAGUAGACUCAGACACUGUGACGCUGCUCUGGUCUGUGACGGUGUCCAUCUUCGCCCUCGGUGGAGUCGUGGGGACACUGAUGGUGAAACUGAUUGGAAAGUUUCUUGGGAGGAAGUACACUUUGCUGGUCAACAAUGGGUUUGCGAUUUCUGCUGCGUUGCUGAUGGCCUUUUCUCUCCAGGCAGGAGCCUUUGAAAUGCUCAUCGUGGGUCGCUUCAUCAUGGGUGUGGAUGGAGGCAUCGCCCUCAGUGUGCUUCCCAUGUACCUGAACGAGAUCUCACCCAAGGGGAUCCGUGGCUCUGUGGGGCAGGUGACUGCCAUCUUCAUCUGCAUUGGCGUGUUCACUGGGCAGUUGCUGGGCCUGCCUGAGCUGCUGGGAAAGAAGAGUACCUGGCCAUACCUAUUUGGAGUGAUUGUCGUCCCUGCCUUCAUCCAGCUGGUGAGCCUGCCCUUUUUCCCCGAGAGCCCACGCUACCUACUCUUGGAGAAGCACGAUGAGACAGGAGCUGAGAAAGCCUUCCGGACGUUCCUGGGCAAAGAGAAUGUUUCUCAAGAAGUGGCGGAGGUGAAGGAAGAGGCACGGGAGCGGAGGAACAUCUGUCUGGUAUCCGUCCUGGAGCUGCUGAGGAGCCCCUUUGUCCGCUGGCAAGUCCUCACUGUGAUCAUCACCAUGGCCUGCUACCAGCUUUGCGGCCUCAAUGCGAUUUGGUUCUACACCAAUAGUAUCUUCGAAGCGGCUGGGAUUGCUCCGGAAAAGAUCCCGUACGUCACCUUGAGCACAGGUGGCAUCGAGAUUUUGGCUGCCAUCUUCUCUGGCUUGGUCAUUGAGCGCCUGGGACGGAGACCCCUUCUCAUUGGUGGCUUCGGGCUGAUGGCCCUCUUCUUUGGGAUCCUCACCAUCACACUGACACUGCAGGACCACGCCUCCUGGAUCCCUUACCUGAGCAUCAUGUGCAUCCUGGCCAUCAUUGCCUCCUUCUGCAUCGGGCCAGGUGGCAUCCCAUUCAUCCUGACCGGGGAGCUUUUCCGACAGUCAGAGCGGCCCGCUGCUUUCAUCAUCGCAGGCACAGUCAACUGGCUCUCCAACUUUACUGUUGGGUUCCUCUUCCCGUUCAUUCAGAAAAGUCUGGACACCUACUGUUUCCUGGUCUUUGCUGCAAUCUGCAUCGCAGGUGCUGUCUACUUCUAUUUUGUCCUGCCUGAAACCAAAAACAGAACCCACGCAGAAAUCCGUCAGGACUUUGCCAAAAGGAACAAGGCAUACCCACCAGAGGAGAAAAUUGACUCAGUUUUAAGUGAUAAGAUCAACAGAAGUCCUGAACCUGGCUCUUCCUCCACACUGGAUAAUUAUACCAAAAACAGGAUUGUCUAGAUGGAUGAUUUUGCCAUUUGAAGAAACCAACGAUUUCCCUGUUUUUGGAAGGCUGAAACUGACUGGAGCCAUGUAAGCGUAACAUUAUUAAGUAUUUAAACGUAGAUUUGUACAUGCUAAUCUGACAUCACCACUACUUAGGCUUUAUUCAUAGCUGAAUCUCCAAAUUCUUCUGCAAGCUGAAAACAACUGCCCUAUCUUUCAGUAUACCCUAUAUUCUUCUAUAUGGUUUGAUGGACUGCCUUCUUCAUAUCUUAACCUCUGGUUUCAGAAUGAAAUUGGGGAAAUAGUAUUUGAAUGCUUUCUCAAAGGAAAACCAUGUGGCUUGAUUGACUCAAUGAACUAGUUCCUGAAGCCUCAGUGGACCCUUAGCUUUUAUCCUGGAUGAAAGUUUCCAGUAUUUGGUGGAAAGACUCUUAGUACCUCCUAGUAAAUGCCUGUUAACAAUCUUUUGCUCUGCCUUGCUGACCUCAGGCUUAGGAGAGCCUGAUACCAACCCAACAUCCUCCAGGUUCUGUCUUUGUCAGGCUGUCCCGUGGGAUUUAAGACUUCCAGCUCCAAAGCUAUCUUCAUCUCAGAGGAUUAGAUUUCUGUGUGCUCAUAGGAGGUGUAAUGAGGAUCAAUAUGUGGAAGACCUAGAGAAGCAGAUAUAAGAGGUAACUUUCCAGUAACUGGCACAGGGACUGCAAAUUGAACUCUGUUCAGUUGAGAAUGAUUCCGAGGCUAAGCGUAGGCUUGGUGAGAAGGAACGCUGUGAUUGAUUGGCAAGGUCUGCCACAGGUGCAGAAGUGAGAAUGUCAGCACAUGUAUCUCAUGUUUGCCAAGUCUAGAAGAGAUUUAUCUGAAAAUAUAAUGAGCUGCCUUGCAAGAUGGCAAGAUGGUGAGUAAACCAUCACUCAAAGUACAAGGGCUGGAUGAUCACUUGACUGUAGGUAGGGAAACACAAGCAUUUAUUUUGGAAGAAGAGGGUUGGACUACAUAAUGUUUAAGGUCUCUUCCAGCCUUAACGUUCUAUGGAUGUUUUGGUUGGAACAACUUGCAGCCUGCCAUUGUAAAGUAUGCCUUGUUGUUUAGGUGAUUCCUUAUACUUACCUCUAGAAUAAAAGAAACUCAGAGUGCCCAUAAGUAAAUGAAAGUGAACCUGAAUUAUCACCAGUGUGUUUGAGUUUAGUUUGUUACAGCAGAAGGAGUGGGACCAGAGAGGAAAGGCUUUGGCCCUAGCAACAUGAUUGGAAUCCUUCUAGCUAUAAUCUCUUCAGUCUUCUCUGGUCAUUCUUGACAAAGACAGCCCAACCAAAACUUAAAUUCUGAUUUUCCUUGCUUGCUGACCAUUCUUUCAUCUUUGGACCUCUCCUUUUGUUGACUGCCAACUUAAUGCCCUAUAUUAUCCAACUUCUGUUUGGCUGGACAAUUUGGACAGUGUUUCUCAAUAUGGAGAGAAAGUGAUAUGCGAGUACAAAAACUUCCUGAGCCAGCGGAGCCAAAUAAAGUGUAAAUUAGAAAUCUGAGCUUCUGAAUGUUCUCUUGAAUUUUGACACUUGAGUAUCAGUCAAUAAAUGUUUAUUAGGUACCUACCAUGUACCAGGCAUGUUGGUAGGCACUGAGGUUACAUUAGAGAGCAAAAAAUGCACUGCCCUUAAACAACAGCUCAUGUCAGGAAGAGGAAGCCAGUUGCCAUCAAGUUGACCCUAACUCAUGAUGACCCCUUGCGUGUCAGAGUAGAACUGUGCUCCAUGGGAUUUUAAAUGGCUGAUUUUUUGGAAGUAGAUCGACAGGUCUUUUUUCCAAGGUGUCUCUGUGUGUACUCGAACGACCAACUUUUUGGUUAGCAGCUGAGCCAUUAACUAUUUGCACCACUUAGGGACUCCAUCUACCAGAGAAGAUAGAGAAUUGAAUAAGCAUUAACAGUAAACUGUCAUCAGUACUAAAGAAGGAGAGGACACAGUGAUAUAAGAACACGUAAUUGGACCACCUAAUCUGGGGUUGGAGUGAGAGAUGAGAAUCAGGAAAGCCCUCCAAAUAAAUGACACAAAUAGAAUGAGGAAGAACAUGACUAUCAGAUAAUAGGCUAGAAAUUAUUCUGAUAUGUUAUUACCUUUAAAAGAUAGUAGAACAACAUUACGGAGAUUUUUGAAAAGUGAAACAAUAAACCUGUGAUCUCAUAUGCUUUGUUCUCCCUAACACUAUAAUUUUACUUUUUAUACAUCUCUGUAUAUUUCUUGUCUAUAUCAAGUUGCAAUCACAAAAUACAUAAAGCACAAUUACAACCAUCUUGUUUCUUCUAUUUUUUUCACUUUAUAUUAUAUCAAAUGCAUCAUCUCAAUUCCAAAGCCUUUUUAUUCAUACUUUAAUAUCCACUGCAGUGAAUUCUUCAUGUACAGAAUCGUUUUUUAGAUUCUGAAAGAUAAUUGGGGGAUGUGAAUCAGAGAAACAGACUUUUCCAUGAGCCUUGCCAUACAGGCUCUAGUUAUCUGCUGAAAGGUACUAACCAUAUACAGCAUCCUGUAUCUAUACAUGAACCCUAAAGGAAUAGCUACUCAAAUCAAUAGGCCUCUUCUCCUAACUCCUGUGUAAGUGUUAAGGAUUAAGCCCUGGUCUUAGUAUUGUACUUAUUCUUUCAUCUGACAGCCAUGAAUUUUGACAUUUCCUCUUUUCAGGUUCACUGUAAAAAAAAAUAAUAAUAACUUUCCCAGCUCCCAGUUUUGGAUAAAAUUAAAUAUUCCCACUCCACUCUGUAUCUCCCACUGAUUACAACUAAAAACUCUGGUCAGAAUACAUAAAGCAAUUAUAUGAGGACGCAAAAAAAUAAAUUACAGCUAGCAAACUGAGAAGGUAAAUCAAAACUCAAAGAACAACUGAUAUGACAAUGAGUUUUCUGUGUUUUUUUUUUUCUCCCAUACCCGUGGCUCAUACUCCAGAACAGACCAACCAAAAACCUAUUGCUGUUGAGUCAAUUCUGACUCAUAGUGAUGCUCUAGGACAGAGUAGAACUGCCCCAUAGGGUUUCCAAGGAGCAGCUGGUAGAUUUGAACUCCCAACCUUUUUGGUUAGCAGCCUAAACACUUAACCAUUACACCACAAGUGCUCUCCAGGACAAACAGACCAGUUCCCAGAAAUUCGCAGUGGACAUGGACAGAAAAAGCUCCAAGAGAAACCCUCCCUAUUUGGCCUGAGGGGUGUCCUCUUCUCUUAAUCUCUUUACUUUUGUGGCCCUGUCCCAAGGCAAGUCCUGGUCAUGAAGCUGUACUCAUAUGGUAGCAACAGCAGUGGUCACAUAGCACCUAAAAAUCUGAGAAAAACGUUUCUAUGUGAUGAGAGGAACAGAUAAAAAGUCUCUGUGGUCCAACCAAUGUGGAGGAGUACCCCUUGUUUUGUUGUUUUGUUUGUUUGCUUGUUUGUUUUUAGUUUUGUUUUUCUUCUAUCAGUGCUUCACCUCAGAUAUAAACCCAGUUGCCAGAAGUGUGGAACACAAUGGAGGUGUAAAACUUUGUAUUUCCAGCCAGAAGACCAGGAAAAGUGAUAACUGGGGACUAGAGAGUGUAGGGGGAAUCACAGAGAAAAGAGUGAAGAAAAGGAUACCAUAAAUCUGUGUAUGAAGUCCUGGACUCAUUUGUGAGCAGCACAUGCAUAAAACUGACUAGAAGCGGUAGAGCAAAACCUUUGAGAACUGAAAUAUAAUGUAGACCACUACACAGGUCCAAACUGGCCCAUGGGUAGCACACACCCAAGGUGGACCCAAAUACCACUGCAAAGACUUUGAAAAUUAAAUUGAAAUUAAAGUCCACAGAACAUGGGUCUAGACUUGCAGUCUGCACAUGACCAGGUUUAUUACCUGCUAAUGAGAAAAAAAGAUAAACAAUGUCUAAAAGUUUUUUUUUAAUA